AUGGCGAAACCACUGCAGAAGAUGAGAGAGAACCGGUCGGCAGACAAGAAAGACCUAACGUUCCAUGCAUACAACAUAACUCCCGAGACGGCUCAUACUGCUGUGCUGCUACUAGAGUCCAAGGAAGCGGAAGUAUUGUGUCAUACUCUUCGAGCAAUCACAAAAUUUUCUGCACAAGAUAUGACGAAUCGUUACGUUCUGUUCAACCUGGACGCGAUUAAGUACAUCUUACCACACAUCGAUCAUGAGGAGCUGAAUAUCAAGAGGUUCGGACUUAAGGCUUUAGCUCAACUUUGCCAGUUGCCGCGUGGUCCAGAACAAGUGUUGGAAGAUCCUGUACAUUUGAUAACCAUCACUGACUUGCUUUCUACGGUUGAAGACUAUUUUGUUUGGGAAUUUGCGGCACUAGCACUUUCUGAACUGGCAAAAGAACCAAGUGGCUGCGGGCAGUUGGUGUCGGCUAACAUUCUAGACGUUCUCAUCGAUAGAAUGAAAAACUGUCCAGACCCUGACGUUCAGAUUAAUUGUUUACAUACAUUUAGCAAUCUUCUACAGGAUCCAGUUUGUGCGUCAGAAGUAACCAAGAACCCUCAGUUCAAUUGGCCAGUUAUCCUAGCUCUCAUGCAGAGCAAGUAUCUUGCUAUACAACAAGCGGCGAUCACCAUUGUUGAGCAACUUGUUUCUCGAUUUAGAGACCAGAUUAUUCAGAAAACUUUUAAGACUUCCACUGGGGUACUUGAUUUUUGUGAUAUACUCGAGAUUGAGAAGUUCCUUGAUGUUCACGCCCAAAUCCUCGGCGUGCUUCACACGUACGUAGCGACUGAAGACAACGCCUCACAUGUGUACCAGUCAGGGUGCAUACUGAGACUCCUGGCAUAUCUUGAGGCGGCGGCACCGGCUAUGAAGCCACACUGCCUCGCUGUACUGACAAAGAUGUCAUUUACAGCUAAAGGGAGAAAUGCUCUGUUCGAAACAGGCACAGAUCUGGUAUUUUGCCACCAGCUACCAGGUGCGAACCCGAACUUAUUGGAAGACGCGGCAAUGGGCGUAGCCAAUAUGACCAAACACUUGCCGGCAGCCAUUCGCAUGACUGAAGCUAAUAUUAUAGAGGCACUUUGUACAAUCCUCGUUGAUGACUCAGCGUCUUGGUUCAAUGUGCGUUUAAACGUGCUUCUCGCGCUCGCUGAACUUUGCAAGGUCAUCCCUGCGGCAGCUUACACUGUUGCCGAGAGCAAAACCUUCUCUGCUCUCAGGAAUAUCAAUCGGAAGGCGAAAGACAAUCCUAUCGAAGCGCAGCGGCUCGCUGUGCAGUGCUACUUAAAUCUGCUCAGCUACAGCGUGAGCACUAAGGCCAUGCUCACCGGAGACUUCAUUGGAGAGCUCAUUUCAAUCUUACAGAGACCAGACGUGAAUCUGAAGAUCAUGACGUUAAAUGUUCUCACAGGACUGAUGUCCAAGGAAACUGCGAAGUAUUUGUUCAACGAUAAAAAAGGCGAAGAG